AUGGAAAAGAACGAAUAUGAUUAUAUUAUUGUCGGGGCAGGCAUCGGCGGGUUGGUUCUCGCGAACAGACUGAGCGAGGAUGCCUCUGCCAACGUACUACUCAUCGAAGCUGGUGCCAAUCGCAUGGGAGAUCCUCGGAUCGACACCCCUGGCUUUCUGGGAACAUUGUAUGGCAACCCGGAUUUCGAUUGGGAUUAUAUGAGCGUUCCGCAGGUCAAUGCAAACAAUCGACAAAUUGGACAGCCUCGCGGGCGUGUCGUCGGUGGAUCCUCCGCUAUGAACUUCUCAUGCAUCGUGUACCCCAAUGCCUCAAACUUCGAGGCUUGGAAGGGAUUGGGCAAUGGAGGUUGGGGCUCGGAGGAUAUGAAACCCUACCUCCAGAAAUUCCACUCCUACACCUCGCCUAGCGAGGCCACGGCAGAGCUUCUUGGCACAGCCCGCUACAUGAAAGUCGAAAAUCAAGGCUCCAACGGGCCUUUGCCUGUGUCUCUCCCAGAUGUCUUUGGGCCCUUCAACAAGGCAUGGGACGAGACAUUCGCGCAUCUGGGUUGGAAAACAGACGCCGACCCCAUCCAGGGCCGUAAACUAGGGGCUUUUGCUUCGCCAUUGAGUGUUGAUGCCAAGAUGGGGACUCGGGGGUAUGCAGCAGCAUACUACUCUCCCGAGGUCGCAGCGCGACCAAAUCUGCGAUUGUUGACAGAAACAAUGGUUGAGCGUAUUUUGCUUUCGCAGGAAAAUGGAGAAGCCACCGCAACUGGGGUUCAAGCCAAGACGGGUGACGAAACUUACCAAAUAAAGGCAAAGAAGGAAGUGAUUAUCUGUGGAGGUAGUCUGAACUCACCUCAACUGCUCGAGCUCUCGGGUAUCGGUGGCGCAGAUCUUCUCAAAAGCCAUGACAUCCCAGUAGUAAUCGACAACCCGGCUGUGGGCGAGAAUCUCCAAGACCACGCCAUCACCGCCAUCAACUUUGAAAUUGCUGAUGGCCAGGUUUCGGGCGAUAUUCUACGUGAUCCGAACGUCGUCCAGUCACUGAUUAAGCUUUAUGGAGAAACCCGGGGAGGCCCCUUGGCAGGCAUGCCUAUCAGCAUGGCAUAUCUUCCCUUUGUCGAUGGAAACGGCAGUAUUCCGCAGAAGGAAAUCGAACUCUUGCUUUCAAAGCACCUUGACGAUGGAAAAGUUUCAGCAAACCUGAGAGAUCAGUAUUCUCAUAUUCGCAAGAUGCUCUCUUCCACUGAGAAUGGAUCCUCCCACUACCUGUUCCUUCCAGCACAACUGCAUAUGAAUCCAGGAAAGACCACUCUUACUGAUGUCCUGACCAAAACCCUAUCAGAGAACUACAUCACAAUCAUGAUGCUCCACAACCAUCCAUUCUCACGGGGAUCAGUUCACAUUCGUUCCAACAGUAGCGAAGAUAAGCCAGCAUAUGACCCUAACCUUCUCUCGCAUCCACUUGACAUCGAGAUUAUGGCGAGACAAAUGCAGUACGUGGAGCGCAUAGUGGAGACAGAGCCAUUGUCGGCACUUCUCAAACCGGGCAAGCGUAUGCCGGAAAACACCAGGGACUUGAGCGAUCUCGACCACGCUAAGGAGGUAGUCAAGGAGCGGCUGUACACCUGUUUCCACCCAGCUGGAUCUUGUGCCAUGCUGCCGAAAAGAAAUGGGCGGAGUAGUUGA